ACUCGUUCACCCUGAUAAAAUACGCUCAGCCAUCUUCUGCUAUCCCUGUUUCACUUGCUUGUCCCUCUAGAAGAAGCCUCUCUCUCUCUCUUUCUCGCUAAACCUAUUUUGCUCCAUUCGUCGUUAAUUUUUUGACAAAUGAAAAUUUUCUAUUUGUAGCUUUUGGUUAUGGCUUCGUUACAAAUCCUGAAACUAACCCUCUCUUCAGUCUCCGUUUCUCAAUCGAAUUUUCCGACAAAAUCGAGAUGGACUUCCCGAGAGUCGUAUUUCCGGGAAAGGAUAAUAAACGUGCGAUCUGUCGGGGGUUCGAAUUCUAGCAGAAGGCUUAGGGUCUGCUGUAAAGCUCAAGAUACCGACAACCAAAACAAUGGUGAAGAACCCCCAGAAUCAUUAUUUAUGAAGGAACUAAAGAGGAGGGGAAUGACUCCUACUUCAUUGCUUGAAGAUUUUAAGCAAGGUGGAGUGGAUGAGGAGAUGAAUAUGAAUGGAGAAGAUAGAGGUUUUCCAAAAAGAAAUGCUGUCUCAACCAAUGUUGAGAGGAGCCUAGACAAUCAAAGGGAGCGAUCUAUGGCACUGAACAGCGAAGGUCUUGAGGGGUUGAUACCUCGGGCUAAACUUUUGUUGUCUCUUGGAGGAACAUUUUUCCUGGCAUUUUGGCCACUGAUCCUCAUAACUAUUGUGGCUUUUUCUGCUCUCUACCUUUAUUUUGGACCGAGUUUUGUACAUGAUGCUAGCAAGAUGCCCCCCUCCCCUCCCCAGUAUGUGGAUCCUUAUGCACUUCUGGAAGAUGAAAGAAUAUCCCAGAUUGCACCUCGUCUCAAUUGAAAGGCAAGAAUUUACAUACGUAGGAAUAUAAUUAUAUGUAUCACAGUUCAGUUCUCUUUUCAUCUGUAUAUGUUUCCUCUGUAAAGUAUCAACCUGGAAGAACUUGUCUAGUUAUUGAUUUGAUGCUCAUUUUUAUUCACUCUA